ACAAAUGAGAUGACAGUAUUUAUGAGACAUAUGCCCCUGGUUUCACAGACAAGGCUUAAGGGCGGCUAGUUCCAAACUAAAAUGCGUGUUUGAGUUGUCUUAACUGAAAAUAUCUUGGCCUGACAUACCUUAAAAUGUGUCAGUGCCAUUGUUCUGUCUCAAGAUGCACACCUAUAACAUUUUUUUCUAAGGCAUUUUUAUAAAAGCUGCUUAAAAUCUUAAUUUAAAUGCCUAGUCCUGGUUUAAACUAAGCCCAUUCGGUGAAACCGGGCCGUUAUGUAGAAAGAACCGCUGAAUCAGUUUGUAAUUCCUAGCACUUUGAAACGAACUGUUCGAAAGAACCGAUUCGCGGGUAUGACUCAGAGUUCAUUAGCGCACGCGCCACUCGCGCCAAAACGAAUUUGACGCAACAAACAAAAAUGUAAUGAUAUUAAAUAAUUAAUAUAAGGUUAUACCACAGUCACGCCUUAAACUACUGAAUAAGCGCUUCUUAUUCACAUCUUUUCACUUCAUUGACGACAUUUCGUACUGUCAGUGUGAGAAGUGAUUUGUCAGGAUGUGGAGGAAUGAAAACCAGAGACCAACUGCAGGCUGUCUCUCCAUGCCUCUGUUUAAUCAAAGGAAAAGGAGCAGGCUGCCUUUGACAUCUAAUCCCUCAGAGAGUCAGCUCUUCACUACCAGCCACUACAACGAGACACAAACCUCCUCCUCUUCCUCCUCUGCUCUUCCCCCUUUGGGUCAGAGAGGUCAGUGGAACCAGGGAGCCUACCUUUCAUCACAGCAAGCCAGCAUGAGAUCUGCUCCUUCACCUGGUGUGGCAGGACGGGGAUAUGCACCUUUACCUCACCCAAAAAAACCUGCCUAUGUCUGGUCACAGACAGGGCAACAGAGGCCUCCAGUGAGACAGGAUUCGAUGCCAGCAGCUGGAUCCCAGCUUCAUGGUGGUUUUCCAAGGAGCAGCUCAGUUUCACUCGGCCAGCCCAGAUGGUCCAGCAGCAUCCAGAAUCAACAGUCAUUUAACAGGCCGACAAAUUCCCCCAGAAUGCCGUACCGUCCCCAGCAUUGUACCCCUGCAGCAGCAAGCACUCAGGGCCCUGGAGCUCAUAGUCACAUUGGAAAGGAGAACUUCAGACCUGUUGGACAAUCAGCCAGUGGAAUGUGGGCAAAAGAAAAGACCACCCCUCAGCAGCAGAAGCCCCCUCAUGAGACAUUGCUGCAUGUUAUUACUGCUGUUAUUGAAGGAAUGAAGCACUGGAGCCAGUACAAGAACAGAGUACCAAUGCUGUUUGAGAUGUUUGCUACACUGGACUCUGCAGUUACAGUUGGAGAACACGGAGCAAAGAAAUUUCUUAUGAGGGAUGGUAAAGAGGUGGUCCACUGCCUUUACUAUGAAAUUGAUCAGACACUGCCCAGACUGAUCAGAGGUCAGGUGCAUCGCUGCAUUGGAAACUACAACAGGCAAAAAGACACAAUGACUUGUGUGUCAGUCCGAGCUGCAUCAAUGUCAGAGCAAAGGAAUGCCCUGGAGGCUGUGAGAGUGUCAGAUGCAAAAAUGAGGGAUGUGGUGCUAGCUCUCAGUGAAAUGUGAUGUGGAUCGAGUGAGUAACAGGAGAAAGAUUAAACUAGCACAGCACAGACUGAAGUUAGGGUUGGUUUUGGUUUAGUUGUUAAGUAGUUAAAGAAUGACCUAUAAUGGUCAGUGACUGUAAAACAGCUUAUGAUUUAUAUGCAUAUGUAAUCUUGAAUUAUAAUUUAGAUUUAUAUAAAUUUAGUUACCAUUAAACUAUGCAGACAUAGUUUAUUUAAAUUUGU